UGGCAACGCGAAGCCAGCGAAGCGGCGACGAUUAGAUUUGGUGGAGAGAUUCGGUGUUUGGAUGUCGCGCUCGGAGCCGUCAUGUCUGAGCACUUCAAGGAGUCCGGCGUGGACCUCCAUUUCGACGAAAUGAUGGCGGCCUCUUCGCUCAGCCUGCACGAGAGCAACGGCGCGUCGCCGUACAGUUUCUACGAGGUGAAAAAUCGCACCGUGGUGCCGUCGCUACCGCCUCCACAGGCGAGCGCGGCCAUGAAAGGGGGACGUCCCCCGCUGCCCCUGAGCCGCACCAACCUGAAGCAGCAGCUGAUGCGCCACCAGAUGGAGCAGGAGGAGCGCCGCCAGAGGGAGCUGCAGAGUGCCAUGGGAACCCCUCCGGCCUCGUCGGCCAUCUGCGUGCCGGGCAUCCAGGAGCGGAUGCCCGCAGAGAUCCUCGUGCCCACACAAGUGCUCCAGGUCGAGUCGCGUCUGGAGAACCCGACCCGCUACCAUGUGGAGCAGAGCAAGAAGCGGCAGGUGAAGCAGUUCCUGAGCAGCAGGGCCCAGGCGGAGCUGGGGAGUGCCCAGCCCUUCAGCCCUGAAAGCCCGGCCUCCGUGCCACACAGCGGGUCGGCCGCCACCAGCAACUCGGAGUUUGACGACGCCUUCGACGACAUCUCGCACUUCGAGAACGAUGACUUCCUGACCACACUGGGCGGCCAUGCCACAGUUCCGGGCUCCAUGGUGGAGUUCGAGGACGUCUGGCCGGGUGCGGGCAAGAACAAUGUGUCAUCGUCCUGUCCCCCCGACCUGGCCUUGGUCAAGGAGGAAGACCUCCCGCUGUUCGACAACGACCUUAGGGCACUGGCCAAGGACCGCCAGAAGAAGGACAACCACAACAUGAUUGAGAGGCGGAGAAGGUUCAACAUCAACGAUCGCAUCAAGGAGCUGGGGACCUUGCUUCCGAGGACAAACGACAGGCAUUACGAGCUGGUGCGGGACCUCCGCCAGAACAAGGGCACGAUCCUGAAGGCGACGGUGGACUAUGUGCGCACCCUCAAGAAGGAGACGGAGAAAAUCAGCGUGGUGGAGGAGAGGCAACGGGUGCUCGAGCAGCAGAACAAGGAGCUGCUGCUCAGGAUACAGGAGCUGGAGCACACGAUUCGGAUGCACGGCAUCUCCCUGUCGAGCCAGACGUGGCAGCCCACGUCAGACACCCAGCUGAGCGCCCUUCUGGGCUCCGAACAGGCGGUGCUGAACGAGCUGCUCGAGGACUUCAGCAUCAAGGCGGAGGCCCCCAGCCCAUCCCAGAGCCCCAGCUCAGGCCUCAGCUCGGCGCCCAGCGCUAGUCCCGGCCACGCCCUGGGACACUACGAGGACAUUAUGGACGACGACUCCGUGACAUGCCCCAACGACCCCCUGGCAUGCCCGAACGACCCCCUGUUGUCCUCCUCCCACGUGAACUCCCCGACCACCAUGGACUACCAUGGAUAGCCGAGACGGGGGGCGCCAGGCCACCCCUCGACCCCUCGGCCCGGUGCUUCGUCUCCAUGGGCGCCACGCUUCGCGAACCCCCCGCUGCUGCGGGCAACGCGGUGCAGCACUCGCCUUUCCCGUGCUCGGGCUUUGCGAGGACUACCCGGAGGACGUUGAUGCAAAGGGGUUGUGUGCGGAUUGUGCGAAGAUUCCGCCAGAAAUCGAAAGAACAAUGCAAGGUUUCCAUGAGGUGUGGGCAUGAGCUUGCGAGGGCUCUGGCGGGAGUCAUGUUGCACGCUUAACCUCAAAGUUUGUCUAGUUCAAUGUGCUAUCUGUUCCCGGGUGCCACGACUGGGGCGAGGGGGUGUGCAUUUGCUUGCAUGCUUGCGGCGCGCCUCUGAAUUGUGGAAGUGCGAGUGGUUUAAAAGCAAGUUUUUCCGACGGGGCAUUUUUUUUUUUUUUUUAUGAGUCCAUAUAGACUUGACAUAGGUUGGUUCCUGUGGCGGGUGACGAAGGGGCAUUUUCUGUCGGCCUGAUCUCUUAUGAGCCUGUUGGUGAGACAGGACUGGUCUUCCUAAGUCACGAGAGUAGCGCUUUCAACAGCCAUAGCUCGAUUGGGGCAGCGAGUGACUUGCCCCGCUGCAUGCUCAAGGUGUUUUUUUUGUCUAGUUGCACGGGCAUCAUUGUUCAUUUCCAUUUUUGGGUUUCUUACCCUCUUUCAUGCUUCCCCCUUUGUGUUUUACUUCCGAGGGGUCUCCGGUUUCUAGGAAGAAGGCAGCAUUCUUUCUCGAACGAGGACACAGCGCUGAGAGAUGUGCUAAAGAUGCUUCUCUCCAGAGCCAAAGCUUAUUCAAACAUCAUCAAAAUCCUCAGAAGGUUACAAUUGGUGUGUUGCAAUCUUUGUCUGUCUUACAGGGCAGUUUGACCAUCCACAUUGACAGCAAGCUCAUUUUUCAUUCGUGUAGCCUUUCUUACCCUUAAGGGGCAAAAGGAAGCUGUUUUGCUGUUGUUGGAAUGCAUUAGCAUUCGAUUAGUUUACGGAUGGCCUCCAUAGACAUUGGAAAGGCAUAGACUGAUGUUCGAGAACAAUGUUUUGUUGCGUCGGUAUUUAGUUUCUACGGCAGUUAACGGGAGCUUAGAAUCGGCCCGUGUUAAACCGUGCCUUUGUGCCAUAGCUUGUUACAUAGUGGUUAUCUUGCUAGUGGCUAUAUGUACCCUAUUCAUUUUGUGAUAACCUUUCUUUUGGUCAGAAAGUUUGUCCAGUUCUGGUCAGUAAAAAUCUGGGCUUGAUGAGCUUAGAUGCUAUUAGAGAUUGGUCCAGCAGUCUAUGGCAAGCUGUCUGCAUUACCUUUGUUGUACAUAGCCCUUCUUUGUAAAUAGUGUCCCAUUUGUGUACAUAGCGAUUGAAGUUGACAGUGCAAGAGCAGUGUCUUGUUGGAGGAGAAGAGAAAGCACAGAGUAUAUUUUUACAGCAUAGCUUCAGGAAGCAUGAGGUUAUAUAAGUGUUACAUGUUCUAUAUCAGUCAGCCAGGAGCCUUACAUUGGUUGUGCAAUAAGAAGAGUUGUGCCAUUCGUUUUGAAGCGUCGGCAUGUCGAAGUCGGCCCUCUGGGAAGGCCACCCUUUCCAGUUGUUGCAGGAUCGACGACUGAGGGAAGUUGCUGUUAUCAUUAAAGGACACAUGCAAAGGAAAAAACAUUUUUUUUAAAUGGCUUAGUUGGAAAAAGGACACCAUAAAACGAUUUUACAACGAAGAAAAAAAAUUUUUAGAGCUAUAUUUACGGCGCAAAACGAAUUUGUAGUUGGCGCCCGCGGGCACCGCAGAAAAGUGGUCCGUAUUUGUCACGUGACUGGUCCUUAUUUAUCACGUGGUGCUUGCGCUCUUUCGGAAGCUUCCUAUGGCCUCUAAAAGUAACUUAUUCAUCUUUGUAUUGAAGUAUAACAAAAAGCCAAGACGAAUAAGUAACUUUUAGAGCCCAAAGGAAACUCCUGAAAAAGCGCAAGCAGACGUGAUAGACCUGUGCGCCGGUCAGACGACGGCGGCGGCGCCCCGAAGUAGACGAACUUGUGCGGCGACGGCGGCGUGGAGAAACGCGUUGAAGCGGCGUUCGCACAACGCUCAGCGUGCGGCGGCGACGCAGCGCGGCGGCGUGCGGGCCUACCACGUGACCAGCGGAGGCUCCCGCGAGCGCCAACUACAAAUUCAUAUAGCGCCGUAAAUAUAGCUCUAAAAAUUUUGUUUCUUCGUUGUAAAAUCGUUUUAUGACAUCCUUUUUCCAUCUAAGCUGUCUAAAACAAAAAAUGUUUUUUUCCUUUGCAUGUGUCCUUUAAGGAGGCUUUUCACCAGGAUCUUGCAUGUCCUGUCCAUCAGUCAUGUGCAGAGAAUGUGUAAACAUCGUUGUGAAGUCACGAGUUCGCCACUGGUCAUAUUGGUGGUCAUUAAUCUCCACUGGGGACUAAAGAACUGGACAGACAUGGAGUCACUUUGUUUGAAACAUUUUCUAUUGGCAACUACACAGUCUGCAUGCAAGGUUUAACAGUGCCCUCGCAUAAAUAUUAAAUUAGUACAUGUGGCUCGAUGGGUAUUUACAGGUGAGGGUGGCAUCCUAUCCAUUCACUUUUUUGGCAUGUUUGUCACUUGUAGGUCCUUGAGACUUGACUCAGGCUUUUCUCUUGGAGCUGUAGGAAGAACAGAAGAGAAGAGAUGGAUGUUAGCUGGCUAGUCACCUACCCGCGGGCACUCGAGACUCCUCGAAGCUCGGGGGAGGAGCUAGGAGUGCCUGAAAUACUUCUUGGUUGUUGCUUUUAGCCGGUUAUUUGUACACAGGCGUGCCUUCGAGCGGCCAAGGAGAAGUCAGAAUUUAUGCAAACAGCUACAUAUUUGAUUUCAGUUUGACACAAUGAAAUAAAUGUUGUAUGCAAUAGUGAAA